CUCAACGCCUGUGCCGAUGCACAGUAAAGUCCUUGUGUUGGCUUUUGCAGACCUAAGUCCAUUGGAACUAAAAAUGUUUCAACAACUUGCAACUUGCAUUGAAGAAGGCAGAAGCAGCAAGGCAUCCACACUCUCAUAGUCCAGUCUCAUCUGCUCGAACACGGGUCUGGACUUAGCAGGUCACAGGAGGACAACCCUGGUGUGAAAGCCUGAGGGAACCAUGAGGAGAGUCCGCAGGAAAGUGGCCAACAAGGAGAAGGUGUUUGGUUGUGAUCUUCUGGAGCACCUGAACGCCUCCAGUCAGGAUGUUCCACAGGUGCUGCGUUGUUGCACUGAGUUUGUUGAGCAACACGGCAUCGUGGACGGAAUUUACAGGUUGUCCGGGGUUUCGUCCAACAUCCAGAAACUCAGGAGCGAGUUUGAGAGUGACGGGACACCCGAACUCAACAAGGAAGUGUACCUGCAGGACAUCCACUGCGUCAGCUCGCUCUGCAAAGCCUAUUUCCGAGAGCUGCCCAACCCGCUGCUAACCUACCAGCUUUACGACAAGUUUGCUGAGGCGGUAGCUGUCCAGCUGGAAGAGGAGCGUCUGGUAAAAAUCAGAGAUGUCCUGAAAGAACUUUCAGCGCCACAUUACAGGACUCUUGAGUUUCUGAUGUCCCACCUCGCCAAGAUGGCAUCAUACUCACCUGAGACUAACAUGCAUGCCAGAAACCUGGCCAUCGUCUGGGCACCAAAUCUUCUCAGGUCAAAGGAUAUCGAGGUGUCUGGGUUCAAUGGCACCGCCGCCUUCAUGGAGGUCAGGAUUCAGUCCAUCGUGGUGGAGUUCAUCCUCACUCACGCCGCUCAGCUCUUUCCUGAACCAAGUAUAUCGUGCAACAGGAGGAAGUCUCUUCCCUCCCCAACAGCCAUUUUAAGUCAGGAAGAACCUUCGUUAAAGGCUCACCCUCCUGCCAACUUUGGAAACAUCAGUCCAGGGGAUGGUCCUCUUCCAAUAAGACCUUACCACGCUAUCAUAGAAGGCACUGACAAGAGGAAAGGCUCGUUUAAACAAAGGAAGUGGAUGUCCAUCUUCAAUAUCGGCGGUCGGUUCCAUGACCCAAGACGACGCCAUAAACACUCAGGCAAAGAAAAAGACAGACCAUCGUUGAGGCCGGCGAGAAGCAUGGACUCCCUCAGCAUCCCGUUAUAUUCAAAAGAAGGUUCUAAACAACUUCUCCAAACGUCUAAUUCCACCAAAAUGUCGGGUUUGGAGGCUGCGGCAUCUCCUGGUCAAAUUGGCGGAAGCGAAUAUGCCGUGACCUAUCGCAGGGGGACAGGACUUGUAAGCGGGGGCACACAAGGAAUUUACACAGCCCUUGACCCUGAAGGUUUAGGAAGCACAGACACUGACACCGUACUGUCCAGGUCACCGGGACUCACCACAAAAGUGGGUCGAAGAGCAGCAAUGCACAUCACGGGGCCUACCAUAGUAACCGUACCGCUUCAUAUCACCUCAAACUUGGCGUUAGGUGUGCUUCAAGGAGGCGGCUGUGAUAGGGUCGUCCACCGUGGCAGGGAUAAGGAAGGUGAAAAGGUGGAGGUUAGGGACAGAGUAGACAAAGUGGAGAGGAAAGACAGUGGACAAGUGCAAGGGAAGAUAGAAACUGAAGCAGUGACUAACAGGAAAGAAGUCUUGGAUGAGGACGUACUUACUUUAGUUGACAAAAAAGAGGAGGACAAAAAGGAGAGAAUGGUUUGUGGAUGGGAAAUAGUGACAGAAGAUCAAUGUGUGCCUAAAGAGACACACGCCAAAAGCCUGAACUCCAAUGCAGAUGAAGAUGUUGAGGGCAAGCAUGAUCUCAAGGAAAUGCAAGGAGAGGCAUCAGAUGAAAUUCAGCGGGAAGCAACUGAACCUGAGGACAACAAUGUUUUUGAUUCUUCCGACGUACUCAACUCCACAGAGGUGGAGCCAGAUGACCAGGAGCUGUCGGGCUAUGUUCAAGACAACUUUGAAUUUCUGGACCAAAUGGACUGUAGCGUCCUGGAUCACAUGGAUGGCAGUGUUUCCUGUCAGGUUCCUCUCCACUUAAAUGAAUUCUCAGUAGAACCUCCUGGACAUUCGGAUGACGAGUAUGAACUCAUGGAGCAAGCGUCACAUCAUUCCACUGGGACUGACAUAAGCCCAAAUACAAGUCCUGAAACAGGCAGUCAAAACCAACCAAAGCCCCACCGACAGCUCAGCGUCAAGUCAAACGAGCGACAGGCAAAAUCCCUCAGCUUGCCUCACAUGACCUCGCCGGUGUGCGAACCAGACAGCUGCUCUGACGAAGACAUCACAGAUGACGAAGUCACCUUUAAUUACAGCAGUGAGGAAGAGGACAGCUUGUUUGUUAAAAGCCUCCCUCCGGAUUUCUUUUUAAACAAUUUGUGUGAUCUUCAAUUCGAGGCCAGCUGCACUACCAGUGAUGAUGUUAGCGCUCAGGUAGAUCAGUCACAGAGAUGUGAAGUGAGUGAACGUCAUCUUGAUUGUUCUACUAGUAAGCAACUAAAUGAUGGAGAAGAGAUCCGAGGGGACAUGGAAGACGGACAGGAGCGAGAGGAGAUACCGCAAAACAAUGACAACGUUGACUACGAUGAGAACAGCCUAAGAACAACAAACAAAGAUCACAAUGUCAUGGAAACUGGUCUGUAUCAUGAUUUAAAACCUCUCCCUUUAGAAGCACCGUCACACCAAAGUGUGGACCUCUCAAAGGAGGAGGACACAGAUGAGUCCAACGUUGUGGCCUCUGAUGUACUGGUGGACACGGGACAACAGGAGGACGAAGAAGAAGGAGUCCGUCAACCUCAAGUCUCCAUCUUUUGUGGCGCCCAGAAAGAAACGGAGGAGACCAAAGAUGUUUCUCGAGGAGCAGGAGGGGUGUUUAAGGCAGACCAGGAUGGGGGGCAAGAGAGUGAAUGGACAGAAGACACUGGACAAGACAGAGAAGAAACAGGAUACUCACUUGAGCAAAAUAAGCUUGAAACCAAAAGAAGCAUCUCAGAAGCUCUCGCAAAUGAAAAUAGCGAAGAACUGCCUUUAGGAUUGUACAAUGAAAAGAUGGAGGAGUGCCACUCAGGGCUUGAUGACACAAUCAAGAAAAUCUGGGAUGAGAUUGAGGAGGUCAUCUGUGAACUGAUCGAAGAUGAAGAAAAAAAGAUGGGUGCAAGACAGGUUGGCGAUUGUGAGGAUACUCAGGUCUCAUUUGAGAAUCUUGUGCACUUUGAGGAAGAAGUGACAAACAAGAGCAAGUGUGACAUGGAAGCUACGGAAGACGAGAUGGAGACAAAUGUAGGGAAGGACGUUCAGGAUAAGACCAACUUAGCAGAGAUGGAGACAAAUGUAGGGAAGGACGUUCAGGAUAAGACCAACUUAGCAGAGAUGGAGACGAAUGUAGGGAAGGACCUUCAGGAUAAGACCACCUUAGCAGAGAUGGAGACAAAUGUAGGGAAGGACGUUCAGGAUAAGACCAACUUAGCAGAGAUGGAGACAAAUGUAGGGAAGGACGUUCAGGAUAAGACCAACUUAGCAGAGAUGGAGACAAAUGUAGGGAAGGACGUUCAGGAUAAGACCAACUUAGCAGAGAUGGAGACGAAUGUAGGGAAGGACCUUCAGGAUAAGACCACCUUAGCAGAGAUGGAGACAAAUGUAGGGAAGGACGUUCAGGAUAAGACCAACUUAGCAGAGAAGGGCGAUCAAAAGGCGGCAAAAGAGAAGAAACGCAGCCUUGAGGAAGUGAUGCCAAGUCUUAAAGAGACACAACUCCAAGAGGUCAGUUGUGAUGUUCCGCAGUCCAAAGAACCCAUGACCUAUGAGAUGCGAGGCGCCAGCCAAGGAGCAGCCGCAAGGAAGCUGGUCAUCUCCAAAUCACCAAGAGUUUAUCAAGUCAAAGCUGUGCCGGUGGUGCCCCCAAAACCCCAACACUGCAAGCUAGCGGCCCUGAACCUCCGACAGCAGCAGCAGCAGCGAGAGCGGAGAGACGCUGACGUGUCGGACGAAGAAGCCAGGGUGAAGAAAGAGAGUGUGCACAGGAAGGACAGCGACGAUGGCGUCGCCAGUAGGGACUCGCUCCGAGACAGCCCGCUCAGCAUGUGUUUUGACGAGGCCGUUGCCAUAGCUACCCUGAGGCGGGGAAAGGAGAAAGAGUGCGAGAGGGAAAGGCAGCGAGAUUGGGCAGAAGUCCAAUGAACUUAUUUUGGAAUCAUGAAGAUUUUCUUUGGUCGUACAAGUAAAAUAUGACAGUAUGGACAGUUAUUUUUAAUCUCAUAAAAAGAGGAAGGUUAAAGAUUAGGACAUUUCCUAGGCAUCGUUUUUAUGUGGAAAAGUAUUAAGACAUUUACGAGCCAAGUACUUUAGUAUGGUACAGAAGGGUAUGUUUGUUUCGGACAUGUUAAGAAGUUACCCUGAGAGCAUCACGUUUAUGCUCACACAAUUCAACAUGUCCAAAAAGUAGGAAGAAGAUCGCAUUUAAUCCUCCCCCUUCUCCUUGCCUGUUACUGAUCAUUCCUUUACAGCAUGUGUUAAACAGGUCAACACUUACAGCUGAAAUAUGCUCUCGCAUCACGUAGCUUGCGUCCAUUCGAGGGAUGGGUGACUUUCACAUUUAAAUUGAUAUGGUACCAAUUGGGAAUCGAUGCUUGUACACAAAGGUACCAAAUUUUGGUACUGUUAUGUGUGUUCAAUGUGUUAAUAAAUGUUAAUUGUUUAAAAAUAUCUCACCUUUUUAAUUUAACAUUUAACACU